AUGGCUAUCAAGAUCGGUUUGCUGUGUCUACUGUCAGUGGUGGCGGCCCGGGGGGCGUUAGGGCAGUGCGGUGAAGAGUGGUACGGUCGGCCGGACUUGGAGUACCCGAGUGUGGAGGAGCAGCGAUCUUCCCGCAGCUACGAGGAACCGAGCGAGGAGUACUACACGGUGAAGCAGCAGCGUUCGCUGCGAGCAAGCCGUUACACCCCAGCAGUCUACCGGUAUGCCAAUGACUUCCGGCAGGAUGAUGAGGACAGUGACUGGGAGCGGUACGGUGCCGGACGCAAGUCGCACUACGAUGUGCAUAAGGCACGCAGCCGCAAGUCGUACGAUUCGUACGGUAAAUCUUCCCGCAGUGAUUACACCAUGAAGGGAGCGCCCGUUGGGAAGUUGUACGAACGCAAGAAGACAAGCCGAGCGGCCAAGUACGGUGGAGAAGGUCCAGCUGGACCGUCGUACGGCAAGACAACCUCGCUGACGUAUAAGGCAGUAGCACCGAAGGCAAGCUGUGCGCAGAAUUUACUGAUCGGUUGUACGCCCACCGUGACGCGGGUUCCGUGCUCCGCGAGUUCCCCUUACGAUGGCCAUGCUUCGGGCGGUGUUCCAUACUAUCCGCCGGCUCCAAUGUACCAGCAGCCUGCCCCGUCAGCUCAUCAUUAUGGAAUGCCUCACCCAGCACCGUAUGGUGGGUAUGGACCGCCACCAUCGUCUCACUACUAUCCUUCACCGGCAGCAUCCCACGGAGCACCGAUGCACCAGCAGAAAGAGCACUCCGAAUACCCAACUCACCAUGCCAAACCGUCCGAAGAUGCCCACGGGUAUGGCCCAUCGUACAAAGCCGCCACACCGGAAGACAUUCCCGGGUUUGCCGCACCCGUCCAGGAACCGCUGAGCGAAUCGCCCAAGGUGCCGAUCAUCUCCGCCUUUGCCAAACCGUCCGAUCCACCGACCGCCGGGAUGCCACCGGUCAGCUCAACCCAACCGAGUGUCAAUGGGACAGCAGCACCAGCAGCAGCAGGAGUGGAGGGUGAGACGACAUCUCCCAAGACACCGGUGGGGCCUGCGCUGACGCCCGCGCCAGCCGUCCCGCAGGAAGAAAACGAUGAGUUCUGGGGCUCGAACGCGGAAAGUUCAACGGACGUUGCCGAGGGCUCCACGGCCCGGUGA